AUGACUGAUUCAAAAAUAGAUGACAUGCCGGAUCGAAUUGCGAAGAUGUUUAAGGACCAGGAGUUGUUCAUCACCGGAGGAACCGGAUUUUUGGGAAAAGUGAUGGUUGAAAAAUUUUUGCGCUGCAUUCCUGAAAUCGGAAGGAUUCAUCUUCUUGUGCGCCCGAAGAAGGGCAAGGACCCUAAGCUUCGAUUGGAAGAAAUUUUUAACUCUCCGUUAUUCGAAAAAGUAAAAGAAUUACGAGGAUUGUCAUUUAUUCAAAAAAAAGUGUCGAUAAUAAACGGUGAUGUAUCAUUACCUAAAUUGGGAAUCUCAUUGGAGGACAGGAUAAUGCUCUGUGAAAAAGUCAGUAUAGUUUACCACGCCGCAGCAACAGUCAGAUUCGAUGAACUACUGAAACGUGCAGUGCUGCUGAAUACCCGAGGCACCAAAAACAUGAUUGAAUUGGCUAAAGAAAUGAAACACUUGGUCAUGUUUGCUCACAUUAGUACAGCUUAUUGUCACCUGGAAGAGAAAGUACUUGGUGAGAAAGCUUACCCACCACCAGCAGAUCCUCACAAAAUAAUCAAGUGCGUUGAAUGGAUGGAUGAUGAUGUCGUUGAAGCAAUGACCAGCAAAAUUCUCGGUGCAUUGCCUAAUACUUAUGCAUUCACCAAGGCACUAUCUGAAGGCUUAGUCGAAGAAGCAAUGCCUCAUAUUCCAGCAAUUAUUCUUCGUCCGAGUAUUGUUAUACCAAUUUGGCAAGAGCCAAUUCCAGGCUGGACAGACAAUAUAAAUGGACCAACGGGACUGUUAAUCGGAGCAGGAAAAGGCGUGAUAAGAACAAUGUACUGUGAUGAACGUGGAUACGCAGAUUAUUUACCAGUAGACAUUGCAGUGAAUGCGAUACUCGCAUGCACAUGGAAUUAUAUCGGGAAUAAAGAUGAAAGUAGACGCGUGUACAAUCUAACGAGUAGCCACGAGUUCAAGGUAACUUGGAGGGAAAUAAUCGAACGUGGUCGUAAAGUAACACAAAAAGUUCCACUUAAUGGCGUUGUUUGGUAUCCCGGUGGUAGCAUGAAGCAAUCAAGAAUGAUGCACAAUAUUUGUGUCCUGCUAUUUCAUAUGAUCCCAGCGUACUUUAUUGACACCUUGUUAUUUUUCACUGGCCAUAAACCUAUAAUGUGUCGAGUACAUCGACGUAUACAAAAAGGGUUUGAAGUUUUCGAAUACUAUGCAAACAACCAGUGGGAUUUCGAGAACGGCAGUAUAGACAUUAUACGGAGCAAAUUUAAUGACCGCGAACGGAUUAACUAUAAGCUCGAUGGCGAUGGGUUGGAUUUAGACGACUAUUUCGAAGCUUGCAUAAGAGCUGCACGUGUUUAUAUACUAAAUGAACCACCAGAAACGAUCCCUGCCGCCAGAAGACACAUGGCAGUGAUGUACGUCGUCGAUUUGCUGGCUAAAAUGAUUUUCUUUGGGUUCAUUCUAUACACGCUCUACAGUUGGACCAGUAGCUUGAGGACUGUCAUUAUCGAUUAA